AAGUCAGUACUUGCCAAUUAACUGAUUACUCAUUGAAGUCUGAUUACGUUGAAAUCUGCAAGAUGUGAGGGAAAAAUGGGUGGAUGUUAACAGGCUGAUUAUAGGUAGACCAGUCAUGAUGCUUCAUGGAAUUAAAUAUACUAAUCAGAUUCUGAGCUUAGCAGACAGAAAUAGAAAAAGAAGUGGAACAAGGCUGUGAACAUUGCUCCCUCUUUUAUCUUUAAUUUUAAUUAGGUAAUCUGAUUGAUUAAGGCUUUUCAGAUGGAGCUGGCGUUUUGUAGCUGCUGGAUAAUUUAGUUGUUAUUUUAUUAUCUGCUUUAUGUGUAAAGAGUUAAAUAAGUGAUAGUCCUUCAUUGCUUCAUUGAUUUGAAGGAUAUGUAUAUACUGUAUAUCAUUGCUGACUGGGUUUGAUGGUACUUAUGGGGGUAAGUCUAGAGAAAAAAAAUUGAACUUGUUAUCCUAUUAAGCCUUAGUAAGACAGCCAGCCCAUCCUUCAUGAGCUUAGAAAAGCAGACUGUUCACAGUCCGUAACAGCAAACAUCUGAGGAAAAUGAAUAUUGGAUUAUAUUCAAUGAAAACUAGAACACAGAUGCCCUUGGUUCUUAGAAAUGAGUAGAAAGAAAAGAAAAAGCUGCAAGAGCAGAAAGAGCUCAGAUUCCAGAGAAUAUGCACAGUUGUCACCCAUUUGUAAAUGCCAGCAAAGUGUAGGAAGCCUUGAAAAUAAAGCACAUGAGGCUCUGUCUCACUUCACAGAGCCACUGGAUGUACAGGGUGCUGAAGAAGAUGGAAAAGAUCAUGAAAACAAGAAUCAGAGUAGCUCAGAUGCUUCUGAAGAUAGAGACCUUGAUAAUGUAUCAGACAUUGAAAAAGAAGGGAAGAAGGAAAAAAACUGCACUCCUAAAAUGAUCUCACCUCAGCAAGAUGAAAUGCUAGCUACAGUAACUUUUCGUGAGUUAGAGGGGUCAUCCAAAGGAAAAAUUACACUGUGGGGCAAGCCAGAUUCUUCAGACUCAUUUAGCUUGGCCACUGGAAAAAUUUCUGCAGAAGUAAAAUAUGGCUCUUUUAAUAUUGAAAUAGAAAUUAAGAAUAUUUCUUUGUUUGAUUCUGAAACAAAAGUUGGAGAUCAACAAAGGAAGAGUUCAAAGAAAAACAAACGUCAUGAAAGACAAUGCCAGAAAAGUCAGUGUUCAAAAUGUUCAAAGUACGAAUGCCCUUUAACUGAACAUUCAGCAGAACACAGGGGUAAAUAUAAGGGAUCCUCUCUGCAUAAAAUUCAAAGUGCCAUCAAUGAAAGUCCCUCCAUGGAAAUGAACAUUGAAACUAAACACAUUCAGGUGGAAUAUACCAGCAGAAAUAAAAAUCUGAAGGUUAACAUCAAAGCUGGUGAGCAGGCACAGAGCAAACCACUCAACAGGGAACACGAAGAUACAUACUGGAGUGAAACAGAUUAUUCUGUUACAGAGGCACUGGGUAACACAGACUGUGAGUCAUUGCUUAGCUUUCAUGAAAAAGCAGAUUAUACAUUUCCAGAUGGAUAUACACUUCUUCCUCCACCUAAAGAAUUUGCUGACUGUGACAAAAUGCACCUAGAUACAAUUGCAGAAGGCAUAUCUUCAUACUCUGUUAAUGGCAGAAAGGAAUCUGACAGUCUCACUACAGCCUUGAGUAUUUGGGGGGAAGAAAAUUAUUUCUGUAAACUUAACACAGAGGACUAUGAAGACCAUACCAAUGAAAAGGAAGAUUUUUCUAAGGAUAAAAUACUUUUCUCAAAAAUAAAUAAUACUAAUUGUCUCGUAGCUAUUAAUACCUUGCAUAAUCCAAACAAUGGGAAAGAAUGCGUUAAUAAGAGCAAUGUAUUACAUCAAGAAAGAAAUAACUGUGACAAACACAGAGAUAGAGGACCCAAAACAGCAAGAAGAAAGUCUUUCCCAGAUACUACCCUGGAGGUACCAUCACCAGUUCACCCUAGAAGGGAUUCUGGCUUUUACUCACUGCCGUCCUUAAAUGUAUUGCUUAAGGAGACCAAAGCAGAUGUCCGUAACAGGAACUCACAUAUUCCUACGAAAUAUAAGGAACUUUUUAAGUGUCCUGACUUGACCUCCUCUCUGACAGAGCUUUGCAAGUAUCCUGACUUGACCUCCUCACUGAGAAAUUUGAGAAGUCUUAAGUCUUCAUAUCAGUAUGCUUUGACAUCAUUUGAUCGUAAUAUUACCAUUUAUCCAUCUGAGCCUGAAGAAGGUGUCUGUCUAGAUGGCACUUGUUUGCUGAAAGACUGUGCAGACUGUGUGGGGCAAGAUGAAGAAACAGAAGAAACAUUAAUGGAGAGUCUUCAUUCCAGAGGUACUACACCUGACAAAAGAGAAAAUGACCAUGAAGAGCCUCUGGGAAACCUAUCCAUGUGGGAAGAAGACUCGGAGUCUACUGAAGCUUUAGAUAAAGAGAAAUCAGAUUACAGCUCUGUAGAAAAGCAUGUUGAAUGGCAAAACAAAGCUCACCUGAUACAAGCCUCUCCACUUUCUACAAGCCCUUCGGGUGAAUUCAUUAAUGAUAAAGGAAGUACUAAUUAUGCAUCUACAGAAAGCAUCCCAAUACAAUGUUCAGUUUUACCAUUAAAUGUUCACCCACCUUAUGCACAGUCUGAGAUAACAAAUAAAAGGAGAGACUCAGUACUGACUGACCCUCCAGUUAUAACCGGAGAAGUAGAAGGAAGGCUUGUCCAAGGCAACACUACAUUGACACCUGAAUAUUUUGGCACUGCAGUGAGGAAAGAACCUAACCUUACCUGCAGUAUACAAGAAAAAUCCUUGCUGUCAUCCUUGUUAGAUCACAAAGAGAAAAACAUGAAUAAAGCAUUGGAAAGCCUUUCUGAGGUACAGUACGUAUCUGGAGAUGUCCUUGUUGAAUCUGAUUGCUGUAAUAAUUCAGCACAGAUCUUCGUAUUAUCUACCUCUUCAGUAUGCACAGAAAAUAAAGAGAAUUUUACAGAACAUUUAAACAUUAAGCAAAGAUUGGAGGACUUUUGCAGUAAACAGUCAACUGACAAUAGUUUAAGGAGAGAGCCUGGAGUAAAUCAACUACCUCUGUUAGUCAAGUCCAACUCUGAAGAAAUUGAAUCAAAUUUUGAAAUGAAAGAAGAUUAUUAUGAGACUGCAGAUAUGUCAUCAUCAGUAAGACAUAUUAGUCAGAAAGACUUGAAAUCAGAAAUGAAUAAAACAAGAAAAUUGCCUUUGAAGAAAGACGCCAGAGCAAGUGACAGUUCCCAGGAAGAUGCAAUAGAUCAGUGGGCCAGAAGACGGAAACAGUUCAAAGACAGUAAAAAGUGCAGUUCAACUGGAGGAAGCUCCAUAAACAGCACAAUCACUGAGGGAUCAAUAAAUUCAGAGGAUGCUCGAUCAGUAGAUCUGGGACUAUAUUCUGAAAAUGAGGACAGAGGUUUUUAUACAGAAAAUUUUCAUUCUGCUUCCUGGGUUUUCAGAGGAGAUGAUGUCUCUCCAGAUAACAGUCCUAGAUGUCUCAGCAAAAGACCUAGACCAGUGGCAAUUCGAGAAAGAACAGUGAAGAUUGCAAAAGGAACUGGCAAUUACCCUUGGGGUUUCAGGAUCCAGUUCUCAAAGCCUAUCCUUGUGACUGAAGUCGACACAAAUAGUGCAGCUGAAGAAGCAGGGCUUCAAGUUGGGGAUAUUCUGAUAGCAGUAAAUGGAACUGAUGUCACCAGCAUGCCACAUUCAGAAGCUGCAAAUCUGGCAAGGAAAGGUCCUGAUAUCCUGACAAUGAUAGUGGGAUCAGACAUCAGCCGUUACCCCAACACCCCCAAACCUACCUGCCGAGGAUAUCUGCACAAACGAACACAAUCAGCAAUACUGAAGGGCUGGAGAAAGAGGUGGUUUGUGCUGAAACAUAAUGGUUACCUACACUAUUACAAACACAAGAAGGAUGAAGGGAAGUGCAGACCCCUAGAAGUAACAAAGCUGGAAGGAGCAGAAAUUGGUGUCGACACAAGUCUGGGUAAACCAUUUGUUUUUAAAUGUAUACCUCAAGCUGGAAACAGGAUUUUCUACUUCUGUGCAACUUCCAAUCAAGAAAUGAAGAGGUGGCUGGAGGCUAUGGAUAAAGCAGUGCAUCCCAUCCAUCAGAACCAUGUGUGGGUAGAUGUCACACUACAUAACACUACACUCCCACCAUUGGCUAUCAAGAACCCCGAGUGCCUGGGGCUUCUCCACCAGCUGGACAGGAGCAAAGAUGUCUGGAUUCAGCACUACUGCAUUCUGAAGGAUGGUUGUUUGUACUUUUAUGCCACUCUCCGGUCUACACCUGCCCAAGGUGGCCUUUACCUGCAGGGCUACAUUGUGAGUGAGCAGUCCCUGGGCUCCAAGAGAUCUGUCAUUGAACUCAAACCUCCAUCCGAAGAAUUUAAAACUUUUUACUUAUGUGCAGAGAAUGUAAAUGAAAACAAAAGGUGGAUUACAGCUUUGAAAGCUUCAAUUAAUAAAUGGUUACCCCUACACCAGGCAAUCCAAGAUUUCAUGAACAGACCACUGGAGGAGACAAGGAUGUGAGAAGAAAGCUCAAGUUUUCCCCUGUUUCUGUUCUGCAUUUAAGAUUCCAUACUAUAUCUUUUGAGUCAUCUCAAGAGAUAUUCUAGCAGCAGUUAAUCUUUAGCAUUGCUAUACAUUCAGAACUUUUGGAAGCAUUAAAAAAUACAUGCAAAGAAAUGUUGCCUCCUUUGUCACUGUAUUUUGUGUUUCUACUUCAACUCAGACCACACAUAGAGUCUACUUUACAACUGUGAUGUGACUCACAUUCCACAUACAUUUUGUACUCCCUACUGGGUUUUUUUUGGUGGUUUGUUGGUUUU